GUGAGGCUGCUUAGCGUGAGGCUGCUUAGCGUGAGGCUGCUUAGCGUGAGGCUGCUUAGCGUGAGGCUGCUUUGCGACUCUGGUUCCGCCCGCUUCACUCACGGCAUCCUUGGCCCACUCCUGUGCAAACCCGUUCACGUGAGGAGCUGAAGCUUCAAACUCGCAAGACUGAACGCAGCAGCUCCCCUAGAAGCCACGACUGAGUGACUCCCCAGAGGCAACCCCAGAGUUCCGAAGACUCAUCCUGCGUUCCUGCGCCCCACCGCCCCGCGUCGGCCUCACCUGUCAAGCCGACCUGUCACUGCCUGCAGGACCCAGCCCUCUGUCGCCUUCUGCCAGGUCCCAGGCCCGCGGCGACACUCACAUGAUGGGCUGCCGACCGCGCAGCCCCACCGCCUACCCUGAGGACACGUGGGAACAUCAGGACGGAGGACCCGGCCCUGCCAAGCGCCGCCGAACCGAGGAGCCCGCCCUCCCCAAGUCCGAGCCUGAGGCGGCACCCAGCCUGGAUAAUCUGACCUGGUCCCCGACAGCGGGCACCCUCAUUUUCGUGGCUGUCCUGCCGGCGGGAUGUGCUCUGCACGUGCUCCUGGACGACGUCGAACUGCUGCUGGAGCCCGAGCCAACGUCUGUGAGGCAAGUGUGUCUUGGAGGUCGCAUCCUCAUGCUGGUCCCCGAGGCCCUCCUGGGCUCGGGUGUGGAAGGGCCGUGGGGGCAGGGCCUAGAACCGGGCGCUGUCCUGAGCCCUCCAGGAGAGUACGUGGCCCUGGAACUGGGACUCUCCUGUACCGCUGUCCCAGAGAUCGCCUGCCAGGGAGAGGCCAGCAAGGAGGACGCGAAUGCUGACGCUGACUUCCUGCGGGGCGGGAUGGAUGCUGCCUCAGUCCCAGUCGCUGGGCUCCGCUCUUCUGCUGGAAGUUUGACUCACUUUGACCUGUUCGACCUAGUCUCAGAGCCCUCCCCUCGGGCCUCCAAUCCUAGUCCAGAGAGAGGCUCUCCUCAGCACGACGACAACCUGGACUUGCACCUUCUGGAGCCCUUUCCUGACUCACCACUGCAACCUCUACCUCCUUCUCCGAGUCCAGGUCCCCAGGAGCGCCCCUGUCGCCCUCCUGGUCCUCCUUGCAAGGCCCGGAGAUGCCUGUUCCCUGAAUCCACUGCCUCCCACAAUUCCUGGACACCUGAGCGGGCACCAGGACAGAGUCUUCCGAUGUUGGUUGUUUAUAUAUUGAACACACCGAAAGAAUCACACAAAUAGAUCCUUUUUGGAUUCAGGCUGCAUUGCAGAAUUUUGAUCAGUGGCUGCCUGAACACCUGAAAGGAAGCUCACCUGGGCAAAGAAAAUCCACUUGAAAUGCAGCAUUCUUUCAGACAGCCAGACUGCUGGUAGGUGUUCUCUAAAGAGGUUACCCUUAAGCA